AGGUGGGUCAAUCGAGGAAAUCAUUUUCGACCAAUCAACGCCGAGCUGAUCGUUUCUGCUGAGAAUUAUGAAGGAGCCAAGAUGGCAGUGUUUCGUUCCGACCCGUGCGGCAUAGUGUGUUUACUAAUCACUUACGGAGCCCUCCUCUACGCCGAUUAUGCCGUUGUCCGACACUUGGUCAUCCCCGUGAUGUCCGACACCCAUCCACUUUACGAUAGCGAAUCAGUGAAGUUAUGGGGCGCCAUUAGCGUGGUGAUCUUCAACUUUAUCAUAUUUUUGGCUGUGGUGUCGCAUCUGCGAGCUGUUCUCUCAGACCCUGGAAUCGUACCAAUUCCUAAAACAACCCUAGAUUUCUCUGACAUGCACUCAGGUCACAAAAGUCCUUGUAUGUUACAGCUUUUUACACUGCAGUACAUAGGUUUCGUAUCAACUUACCUGUUAAUGGCCAGCCAGCCUCAUAUUUUCCCCGUCUUCUUGAAGAAUACGACGUACUGCCUGAACAACGGUUGGACUGUGUGCAUGAAGUGUGAAACCUACCGUCCACCCCGAGCACAUCACUGCCGAGUUUGUCAACGCUGUAUACGACGGAUGGACCACCACUGCCCUUGGAUCAACAACUGUGUUGGAGAAUAUAACCAAAAGUUUUUUCUCCAGUUCCUCUUUUAUACAGGUUUGGCCUGUGUCUUUACAAUAUCCAUGGUUCUGGUCUCCUGGGUCUUAGAUCCAGUCUCCAAAAGAGAUUUAAAGAAUGUAAAAUUAUUGCAUUCUGUUGCUCUUGUGGCUGAAUCUUUAGUGUUUGGCCUGUUUGUAUUGGCCAUUGGAUGUGACCAGGUAUCUUCUAUAUUCAAUGAUGAAACUGCUGUCGAACACGUGAAAAAAGAAGAAUACAGACGACCACCCCGAUCGAAAUAUCAUUUAUUACAGGAAGUUUUUGGUCGAGAAUCUCCUGGUUUGUGGUUGUUACCUUUACAGUUUAACCCAAUCAACACAGUUGCUGAGAAUGUCACAGAUCCAUAUGGGGUUUAAUGACCACCACCGCUGGUUCAUGGCAUCAUCAUCAUCAUCCUCAUCACCACCACCACCAUCAUCAUCAUCAUCGCUAUCGACACCACCAUCAGUCAUCACCAUUACCAUCCUUACCAUCAUCAUCAUCAUCAUAACAGUUGCAAUGAUCAAUUCAACCAUUUCAUCAUUUUCAACACUUUUUCUUUUUCUUUUCUAUUUGAUAUUUUUAUUUUCUGACCACGCCCUCCCCCACCCCCAACCACUAUAUCUGUUAGACUUUUCUACUCCCACUCCCCCACCCACCGCUAUCUGUUUCUAGACCAAUUUGACCUCCCCCCCCAUCGCCCCACCGUAUCACUACCAGCCAUUGUUAUUGUUAGAUCCUCCACCCAGUCCCCUCCCCACCCAUUAAUUGUAGCAUCGUUAGACCUGUCCAACCCUUCCCCUUCCACCCCCACAUGCUGCUAAUUUUGUCUGACCAUUCUUGUAAUUCCAGCUUCUUUCUUUCUUUCUUUCUUUUUUUUUAUCCCUUUUCGAUCCCACCUGGCAGGGUCCUUUAAACAAUAGCUGCUUUACUGAACCCAACUUUCAAUUUUUUCCCAUUUUUGACCAGUACCCCCCUGACUAUCAGGGGGUACUGUUAUAUCGAUCAUGCUACCAAGACUUCUACUAUACAUACGUGUGUGUGUGUGUGUGUGUGUGUGUGUGUGUGUGUGUAGGGCUUGAUCUCCUCAACAAUUUUUGCUACAUUCCACAAUAAUCUUUGUUUUUCUUCUCAUUUUUUGUUUCUUCAAACAUUUUUUUUUGUUUAAUUUUUCUCUUGUUUUUCUUUUUUAUUUGUUUGAUUUUAUUUAUUAAUGCUCUUUUUACUGCAUAUUUUGUUUUGUUUUUCCUCUUUUGUUUUGUUAUUAAUUAAAAUAAUCUCAGCCCCCCCUCCUCCGCAUAUUAAUUCUUUCUUAAAUAACAUCUAACGAGAAUGGUAAAGAUUAAUUAGACGGAGCUUUAAUCUCACUGACAGACCAAUUCCAUUGAAGAAUCUAUUUCUAGACUUCAUAAAAUAUAAUUUUACUUCUUUGUAACCUCUGGAGAGAAAGAGCUAAAUGGCAGUUCAUGGUGAAGAAUUUUGAUUCCAACUUAAAAUUGGUAGGUUUGAUGGAGUAUUACGGCUGUGUCUUCAUACACUGGCUUCUAAAUCUACAUCUUUAGAUGACUUAUUCGGGAGAUAUAAGUGUAUGUGUACAUGUGUGUGUAUAUAUAUAUUUAUAUAGCAACAAGCUGGCCUCCAUGCUGUAAAAAGCACCAUUCGAGCGUGAUCGUUACCUGUGUUACCUUACUGGCACUUGU